GAAGAAGGCUACAGAAACGCUGUUGUUUUAGGUGCGCUCCAACGCAUGCGCAAAAUCGCUUUCCUCCACUUGUGGAAACAGGAUAUGCGCUUCGUCGACACCAUCUAAAGGAAUUUCAGAAAUUGCAAAUAUCACGUACAGAUAACCAAAAAGAGGAGUCCUUUCUAUUUGAGAAGCUUAGCAGCCUCAGAGUGUAGAGCUUGGUGUGACAGGAGGAGCCUCCAACUUCGACAGCAGUAAAAUGGCGGAUAUGUCAGCGGAAGAGAUCACCGUGAGGGCCAACCAAGUGACCGAUGAGUCCUUGGAGUGCACCAGGCGGAUGCUACAGAUGGCCGAGGAGACCAGGGAGACUGGUGUCAACACCAUCGACAUGCUGGACCAACAGGGAGAGCAACUGAGACGUACAGAGGAGGGUAUGGACCAGAUCAACGAGGACAUGAGGAAGGCUGAGAAGAACCUGACUGACCUGUCCAAGUGCUGUGGCCUCUGUGUCUGCCCCUGUGACAGGGUGACAUCCAUAGAGCAUGAUUCCAAGUACAAGCGUACCUGGGGAACAGGUGAUGGUACAGGAGAGGGAGGGGAUGGCUCGGUGGUGUCCAGGCAACCCCCGGGCAUUCAUAACGGAAAAGCCAACCAGCAGCAGCCCAUGGGGGGCUCUGGACCCUACAUCAAGAGGAUUACCAACGAUGCUCGGGAGGAUGAGAUGGAGGAGAACCUGGAUCAGGUGGGCAGCAUCAUAGGGAACCUGAAGAACAUGGCCAGUGACAUGGGCUCUGAGCUAGACAAGCAGAACAAACACAUCGACUGCAUCACAGAAAAGGCGGACAGAAACAAAGCACGUAUCGAUGAAGCCAACCAGCGAGCCAACAAGCUCCUCAAGUAGACCUACGUACCUGCUCCCGAUUUUCAAAUCAUCCACCUUGAAUCUCUGCCUCAGCUUCCAUGUACAUAAACACACUCUCUCUCUCUCUCUCUCUCCUUGAGAACAAAGUAAAUCAACCAGGACAAAACCCAUGAACCAACACCUACCACUCGUGCCUUUUCUGUAAUGAUGUAAAUAUGCUCACACAACACUCUCUUCUACCUUUUUAUGACUAGUUCAAAGUUCCUUGCCUGGGUCCCAUCCCAAAUAUGUGACACAGUGAAUCACUUUUUCAGGCGUUGUGAGAUCUGUGCCCAUAUUGAGAAAGCCUCUGAGUAGGAGUGCUGAUGUAAGAUGGUUUAUAUAUAUUAAUUCAGUCCCUGAUAAGCAGUGGAGGCUGUUGAGAGGAGGAUGGCUCAUAGUAAUGGGAUAGUAUCAAACACAUGGUUUCAAUGUGCUUGAUGCCAUUCCAUCCACUCAUUCCAGCCAUUAUUUUUGAGCUGUCCCCUAAUAUGUGCAGUGUGGCUGCCGAAAAUAUGACCUGGAACAUCAGAUUCUCACCAUCUGUAGCCCCCUGGUGGUCAUGGGGUGUCACAGCAGCUGUAUGCACCUCAGGCAUAUGCAGGGAAAAGUUAUGAGACAACAGCUCUUCAUAUCAUGUCAUUUGGCUCUUGUAACUACUGUUAUUGUUUGAAAUGUGCAUAUUUAAUUAUUCUUAUAAAGUAGAAAUGACUUGUGAAUAAAGUUAGGACCUAUACCCUUUGAAUUGAAAUAAUGUUUGAACGAUCUAAUAUCUGUUUUAUACUUAACAAACUUCUUGAAUGGGUUUGUAUGGCCUGGGUUCCAGCUAUAACACACUGAAUGAUGAAAACAUGUUUUCCUUAGAGUAACAACUAAUCAUUAACCAAAGAUCGUGUCACUGUUAGAUUUACCUCUGCUAGCCUGAGUGCCAGUCAGUUUGUGCUAUCAUGUCAACUCUUUGGCUGGGAUUCAAUUCGAUCAUGCUUUGUCAACUAUGCACAUUUAAAGGCAAUGUUUUAACCUCAUUUUUUAAAUAUUUUUAUGUCAAGCGCACAAUAAGGCUGACCUACCGCGGUUUGGAUGGAAUCUCUGCUCUUGACCCUCAUUGGCUUGACAAUGAAUGAGCAAUGGAGUUGUCAAGAAUACAAACCGAUCUGGGACCAGGCUACCUCUCUGCCACCAGUGGAUCAGAUGCUGUACCUCCCCCUCAUUGUUAUUUCACUCCUUUCUAUUUGAACUGCCACGUUUUCACCUGAGAGACGUUAAGUGCCUUUGUCUUGGAAAGAUUCCUGUGUUUUAACAGCCUGGUCCCCAAAUCAUCUCUUCUGUCUGUCAGUAAUGUAGGCAUGGAUUCAAUCCGUUACGUCGAAGACCGGCGCUUUAGCGUAAUUUUCCCGCGUUUACCGUAAAUGCAGUCUCGGCAAACACUGCAUAUGUCGGCUCAAUCGGCAAUUACUUUUGAAUUUAGAUCUCUAUGGUGGAUCUUCCACGCUAUGAUUCAAUUUAUCCUCUUAUUCAUCCAGAAAUGUCCCAUAUGUUUCUUCAUUAAAUAUUUGUAAGAAAAAA